ACAACCUCAACUCUCCAUGUGCGGCAUCUUCUGCGCCCUCAGUCGCCAUGGCCACGUAGUCCCGGACGACCGCACUGCCGCCCUCCUGCGCAACCGCGGGCCCGACCACACCGGCCUGCACCAGUCAGAUGUUGGGGAAGUUAGUGCGACUUUUUUGUCGACGGUGCUGUCGCUGCGAGGCACUGCAAUCACCCCGCAGCCGCUGGUGAGUGCCGGCUCUGUGCUGUGCUGGAACGGCGAGGCCUGGUCUAUUGGGGACGAGACCGUGACGGGCAGCGACUCUGCUGUUGUCUUCGAUCGGCUGAAGACAUGCACCGAGUCACCUGACAGCAAGCGUGCCGUGAUACAGCUGCUGUCUAAUAUUCGAGGCCCGUACGCCAUCGUGUUCUACGAUGCAAAUAACAACCACCUCUACUAUGGCAGAGACUGCUUAGGACGCCGCUCGCUGCUAAAGAAGGCCACAUCAGACGGCUCGCUCGUCCUGUCCAGCGUAUGCGACAACACCACGGGCGAGGCCUGGGCUGAGGUCGAGGCCGAUGGCAUCUACGUGGUUGAUUUGAAUCACUUCACGGACUCCUCCAGUAGCACACAUAUCCCACACACCCGCCUGGGCGAGACGGGCGGACUCUCCUUUGCCCUCCCAUUCCCGCCCAUGAACCGUGACAGCCCUGACGGCGGCCAGGAUCAUAGUCAAGUAGUUAGUCUAGGCGACUCACUGCGUCGGUCUGUAGCACUGCGCACCCAGCACGUACGAGAAGCCUUUGAGGCAUCCCCAUCUGAAACUCACGCGGCCAAAAUCGCAAUCCUCUUCUCCGGCGGGCUGGACUGCACCCUCCUCGCAAGGCUAUGUCACGACCUCCUCCCUCUCAGUGAAGACAUCGACCUGCUCAAUGUUGCGUUUGAAAACCCGCGCAUCCACAGCAACUUGGAGCCUGGCGUCAGUCCCUACGAGCUCUGCCCCGACCGCAUCACAGGACGGUCUUCGCACGCAGAGCUGGAGCGCGUAUGUCCACGUCGGUGGCGCUUCAUUGAGGUCAAUGUGCCCUACACAGAAACCCUCGCCCACCGCGCAACAGUCAUGGCACUCAUGCACCCGCACAACACCGAAAUGGACCUCUCCAUUUCAUACGCCCUGUACUUCGCCUCGCGCGGCGCUGGCCUUACUUCCUCCCCAACCGGCACAUCACCCUACACCACCCCCGCCCGCGUCCUCCUCUCCGGCCUCGGCGCAGACGAACUCUUCGGCGGCUACCAGCGCCACGCCACCGCCUUCGCGCGGCACAGCUACACCGGCCUGCUCGACGAGCUCGCUCUCGACUUCUCGCGCCUCGGCAAGCGCAAUCUGGGCCGCGACGACCGCGUCAUCAGCCACUCCGGCCGCGAAGCCCGCUUCCCCUUCCUCGACGAGUCCUUCAUCGCGCUCGCCCUGCAAACCCCCGUGCAGCAGAAAUGCGAUUUCGGCCGCCCGCACGCCCCCGCCGAGGACCCCGACGCGCUCAUCGAGCCUGCAAAACGCGCGCUGCGCUGUCUCGCGUGGGAUCUGGGCUUGCGCGGCGUCGCGCGCGAGAAGAAGCGCGCGAUCCAGUUUGGCGCGCGCACGGCCAAGAUGGAGACGGGCAAGACCAAGGGCACGCACGUGCUCGCGUAGUCACGUAGUCACUCACCCACCACACAUACACGCUGUAGUGUGGUGUGGUGUAGUGGGUGGUGGGUA